GGAGACAUUCCAUUACAGAGUACAGCAUUACUGAAAGUCACCCUCACUGACAUUAAUGACAAUGCUCCAUCAUUCCUUGAAGAUUACAGCCCCAAAAUCGGAGAGAAUGUAGUGAGCAGUGACAUAUUUGUAACAGAGAUUUUUGCUAAAGAUCCUGAUAAACUCUAUGGACCUCCUUUUGGUUUCCAAUUGCCUGCAGGAUGUAAUGUUCCCGCUUGUGAUUAUUUUUCAUUGACCUUCAACCCAGGUUAG